AUGUCAGAACCAGAAACGAGACGAAAGACUUAUACGAGCCAUAUGACCUUCCUUACUGCCAGUAUUGCAAGCCAUCUUUCGGGGUUGAGGACAGUCUCGAGUCAGAUGAUCCUCGUCACCGCAGUUGCGGCAGGUUGUCUUCUCACGGGUCGGACAAUGGAUAGCCAUAUAUUCCUCAUCGCAACAGUUGCGGCAGGCUGGCGUCUCCUCGUUUGGACAGUCCUGCGGCACCAUGUUGGUAUUGAAUAUCGUGUUACCAGAGACAAGAUGUACCUUUGCCAGAUGCUCGCCAUUCUCGCAGACAUGGAACAUGGAAUGUCAAUCGGCCUGCCCACGAACAGUCUCGUGCGACCAACGGACUGCGGCAUUGCCAAUCGGAUUGAGCCUUUUCGAAUCGCGCAUUCCCAGACCUUUGUGGCGGACAACAUUGGUCCUGGAGGACUCAUCAGGAUCGCAGAGGAACACCCGUUCAGAGGCUCAAGAGUGGGUGAAAAGUAG